AUGACAAUUUGGUCAAUCAAUUGUUGCUAUUUGGCAUUGCGCAUCUCUCAGUUACUAUUCCUACUCACCGUGGGCACGAUGCGGUUAAUCGAAACGCAGUUCAUUCAACCGAAUUUGUGUGACGUCCGAUGUCACUGUCCGCCCGGUGAACCGGUGGUCGAUUGUAACAGGCAAGAUCGUCUUCAAGGUGUUCCAACAAAUAUUCCACCGGGAGUGACCAAACUGUAUAUUCAAGAUGGUGAUUUUCCCGCUCCCAGCUAUCUGCGUCGUUCCAAUUUGACCGGUUUAGAACAGUUGGAACAUUUACGUAUUAUCUACUGUAAUCUGCAGGCCAUUGAACCGCGUGCGUUUCUCGGCAUGAACAAAUUGAAACAUUUGGAUCUCUCCCACAAUGCUCUAAUUCACCUAGACACGUACACUUUCCUCGGUCUACAGUUAAUUAAUCUGUACUUACAGGAACAGCAUAAUUUACCCGAGCAUGGGUUGCAUAUCGCAGACGAUGCCUUUCAUGGACUGUCGGCUAAUCAAAUCAAUUUACGUGGGAAUCGCAUUGAGACAGUUAGUUUUCGACUGUUUGCCAAAGUGUCUGACUUGGAUCGGUUGAUUCUCUCCGAAAAUCGGAUUCGCCACUUGGAUGACGGAUUUGCAAAACACUUCGAUCGAAAUACGCGUUUGUUAGAUCUGACCAGUAAUCCACUGGAAUGCAGUUGCAAAUUGGCUUGGAUAGCGCAACGCAGUGCGGAUUGGAGUAGUACAUUACCCGGUUUGAACAUGACUUGUGUGUAUCGUGAAAAACCUCUAGAGCGUCGUGUUUCCCACGCCAGCCCUGGUGACAUAGUACUCGAAAUACGACACCUUACAUCUGAUCAAUUGUGUCCCACUUCCCGAAUACAGCACAUAGAAGUUAACGUUUUGGAUAGUGCCAGUAGAGUGAUUCUGGACUGCACAGCGGUAGCCAUUCCACGCAAACCGAAUUCCGCCUUCACGGGGACAGGCAAUUUGCCAGUGCCUAGUUUAUUAAGUCGCAAUCCUCCCGGAGUCGCAUGGCGUUAUGUGGAAGGAGGUCAUCUGCGUGAGGUAAGACGCUUACCGACAGAGGAAGCGGGGGCAUCCACAGAAAUGCAGUAUGCGGGUACGAAUAUUGAUAACGCUACACUUGCAUUCGCCUCUUCCACCGUUCGGCUUAACGUAUCCUUAAGUCCUGAAACUAGAAAGUACACUUGUGCUACGUGGGAUGAUAUUCGAGAUGCAGAAGAGGUUGUUGUCACAGUGAAAGGACCACCACCACCGCCUCCACCAUCCCGUUUGAGUCCCACUUUAGCACCUGACCGAGAAUCCGAUCGUGAUCCAUUAGUAGACCGCAAAGAGAUUGACAAAGUAGUGCCCUCCUCUCUUUCGGGUUCUGGAUCCGCGAAAGGAUCAGUAAGACGUGAAGAAGAAGUCGGGUUUGUCGAACCGCACUAUUUGCUUCAACCACAAUUUUCAUUGAUUCAAAUGGCUUUGGCUGUGGGUGGAACAUUCCUUUGCACUUUGAUUCUCUUAUUUGUCGGGGCUCGUUGUAUACGGAUUUGUCAACGCCAUCCGAUCUUCCGUCUGUCACCCAGUGUUAGUUCCAUCAAUGGGCCGGAAACGAAAGUAGCUCUUUUGGCCGGUAAAUCUGGUCGCGGUGAGGCAAGCGGCUCUGAUCCAAAGAGUGUUCAAUCCAGAACGAACGGUUUGGUUACGCUUCCUUCAGAUACGACACAGCCUCUGUUGGGACAAUCACAGCAGCAGCAGCAACAGCAACAGCAGCAGCAGCAACAACAACAACAGCAGGCCAAGCAAAAUUAUCCUCCUGUCUUAAUCUCCGGUAUAGAAAAUCACACAUCCAUGUCACCACAACUGGCUCAGCUCUCUCAUUUGACUGCUCCAUACAUGGGACCCUCGAUGCUAUCACAGAAUCAACCAUCCCCCAGUUCCGGUACAGAUGAUUUUCAAUCCAGUUUGGCUAUGCUUACCUCAACACCAAUAUUACACCCAAAUACCCUUCGCCCAAUCAUGGUCUCCGAAGCUGCACUCUCACCAUGCAUGACCAAUCUUCGAGCACCCGGACAGCCCCAGGUAGCUUACUGGCCAGCUGCGCCUGGUUCACCCUAUUCCAGUCACGAGUACGAUGUACCACGAGUACUGGAUUUACCUUCCUACGGUUUAGGAGUAUCUGUGAGCACAGCGAACCGGUCGAAUGUGAUUAAUGGCACGGAUCAUAUCUCCGGUGCUGAUUUUCGAACGGUUCCGGGGACGGUAUUUGGUACACAACUAUGA